AUGUCAGAAAGUGGUUGGAAUACAAUAGAUUCCGAUGCAGGGGUUUUCACAGAACUAGUUGAUAAGUUGCAGAUCAAGAAUGUUCAAUUCGAUGAUUUAUACUCUAUAGAUUCCGAUUCAUUGAAAAGUUCCAGUCCUUUGUAUGGGGUUAUCUUUUUGUUUAAGUAUGGGCAGGUUGAUAGAGACUAUGCGGCCGAUAACAAUAAGCCAAUAGAUGGAACAUACGAUGAAGAUUACCAACAGAAAGGGAUUUUUUUCGCUAAUCAAACUAUUCAGAACGCAUGUGCUACACAAGCAGUGUUGAACGUGUUGUUGAACAAGUCAGAGAUCGAAAUAGGAGAGGAGCUUACAAACUUUAAGGGUUUCGUGGAAGGUUUUGAUAGCGAGAUCUGUGGCGAAACCAUUUCUAACAGUGAACUUAUCAGAUCUGUUCACAACUCUUUUUCAUCGCCAUCGCUUAUGGUUGAUGAGGAUAAGCAAAAACCAAAGCCCAAGUAUGAUGACAAAAAUGAUGGGUUGUUCCACUUUGUUGGAUACUUGAAUAUCAACGACCAAAUAUACGAAUUGGAUGGUUUAAAAACGUAUCCAAUAAAGCAUGGUGAGUGCAAGUCAAACGAGGAGUUUUGUCAAAAAUUACCGGAGAUCUUAAUGAGACGUAUAAGUAAAUAUGGUGAUGAGUUACGUUUUUCGUUGUUGGCAAUUUCGAACGACAAAUUGCGUCAAUAUCAAGAAAUCGGCGAUGUUGCCAUGAUGCAUUCCGAAAUGAUGAAAAGAGAAACAUGGAAAAGAGAAAACGAGUUAAGAAGACAUGAUUUUGUUGGAUUAAUGGUAGAAUUAUUAAAAAAUAUAGGCAAGGAUUUAUCUGACGAUGAAUAUGAAGAUAUAAUAAAGCAAGCUAGACAUAAAGGCCAACUAAAAUUACUACAAAACUUUACUCAAAACCAUGUUGCUAAUAAUUGA